AUGGGUGGAGUAAAAUCCGCUUCCCAGAAAAAGAAAACACCAAAACCUUCCGAAAAUCGACCUGCUUCUUGGGCUGAGAUUCCUUCGACCAGUGGUAGAGCUGAAACCACUGAUCCUGAAAUCCAAACACAUGCCCGUCUCCGUAAUGCCAUUCGACCAAAUGUCGAAUUGUACCUUGCUCCCCCUAGCACUAUCACUGCUAGGAUGAUAAACAUGCCAUCCAAAGAGAUGUUCGACAUGUACAGUGCACCUGAUGCUCCUGCGAGCAAGAAGAAGGCGAGUAGGCGGCAUCGCGGGAAAUGCAGCAAAGAGCCUCCGGCCAAGAAAACUCGCACUAAGGACCCUCCGGCAGCUGGUCCUUCAAAAAAUACAACACCACCUCCUCCUCCCCUCGAGCAGCAAACUCCGCCUGCACCGGUCGAGUCGACCCCUUCCCCACCGGCUCCUGUCGAUCAGACACAACCAUCAGCUCCUAUCCAAAUAGGGGAUGACAUAUCGAGCCGCGCUCUAAGAUCGACCAAGGACAGGAUGACAAGGAUCCUGAGGCACGAGCGCAACCAAGAAGCUAUGGCUAGGACAGAGUCGAUGGAUGUCGACCAGAUCUUGAACCGCGCCCUAAACGAGCUUGCCAGUGCAAUGCUGACCGUGACUUCCAGCCGGCUCCGCUCGGGGGUCAUCACUGAGCAAUCUAAGUCGUCCGAGCAACGACAUGCUGAGGAGCUUAAGGCUGUUGAAGCGAAAUAUGCAGAGCAGCUCGAGGCGGCUCAGAAGGCAAAUGCAGCAUUGGUCGAGGAGAAAAAUAAACUGUUCGAGGAGAUGGAGCAAAACCAGGUUGCUCUAAACAAAUCCCUUGAGGCGAAGGAGAAGUACAAAGAGUCUCAUUUUAUCAACUUUCGCGAAGCCAAAAAGCUCGAGGCGGACCUGAUCGAGAGCAAGCAGGAGGCUAAAAAGUUGGAGGUUCGGAUCAAUGAUCUCGAAAAAGCCAACGCCAGCAAUCUGGAGAGCUAUCUUCCUGAGCGCAUGAGGCAAACUGAAAUAGCCCAGUGCAUUGCUCACUUGGAGGAAGAAGAAAGAGCGAAGAUCCCAACCUCGCCCAAAAUCUCUUUGGCCAUUGUCAUUGAAGGCGUGGAUAAAGAAGCCGAAGCUGCAAUCAACUAG